GGGGCGGGGCCGGGCCGGGCUGGGUGAGCGCGCGUGCGCCCGCCAAGCUGCGGGACAAAGGGGAGGGACCCGCGCGGCCCCGCCCCCGAGUGCCCCGCCCCGAGCGGCUGGGCGUGUGGCUCCCGCGACCCGCGGCCCGGGUCCCCCCGCCGCCGCCAUGUACCCCGCGGGCCCCCCGGCCGGCCCGGUACCGCGCCGCGGCCGCUGUCCCCUGCCCGGGCCCCCCGCGCCCGCCCCAGCCCCCGUCCCCGCUGCACGGCCGCCGCCCCCCGCGCCCGGGCCACGGCCCCGCGUGGCCGUGAAGAUGGCCUUCCGCAAGGCCUACUCCAUCAAGGACAAGCUGCAGGCCAUCGAGCGCGUCAAGGGCGGCGAGCGUCAGGCCAGUGUGUGCCGCGACUUCGGCGUGCCGGGCGGGACGCUGCGCGGCUGGCUCAAGGACGAGCCCAAGCUGCGCUGGUUCCUGGAGCAGCUGGGCGGUGAGGUGGGCACUCAGCGCAAGAAGAUGCGGCUGGCCAACGAGGAGGAGAUCGACCGCGCCGUGUACGCCUGGUUCCUGGCGCUGCGCCAGCACGGGGUGCCGCUGUCUGGCCCGCUCAUCCAGGCGCAGGCCGAGGCCUUCGCGCGCCAGAUCUACGGGCCCGAGUGCACCUUCAAGGCCAGCCACGGCUGGUUCUGGCGCUGGCAGAAGCGCCAUGGCAUCUCCAGCCAGCGCUUCUACGGCGAGGCCGGGCCCCCAGCCCCGGGCCCCGCGCCCGGCCCGCCCGUCAAGGAAGAGCCCGCGCUGCCCUCCGGCGCCGGCCCCCUGCCGGACCGCGCCCCGGCCCCGCCGCCUCCCGCCGAGGGCGGCUACGGGGACGAGCAGAUCUACAACGCCAACGUCACCGGUCUCUACUGGAAGCUGCUUCCGGAGCAGGCUGCGCCCCCGGGCGCAGGGGACCCCGGGGCGGGGGGCUGUGGCCGGCGCUGGCGGGGCGACCGCGUAACGGUGCUGCUGGCCGCCAACCUGACCGGCAGCCACAAGCUGAAGCCGCUGGUCAUCGGGCGGCUGCCGGACCCGCCCAGCCUGCGCCACCACAACCAGGACAAGUUCCCGGCCUCCUACCGCUACAGCCCCGACGCCUGGCUCAGCCGCCCGCUGCUGCGGGGCUGGUUCUUUGAGGAAUUUGUCCCAGGCGUCAAACGCUACCUGCGCCGAAGCUGCUUGCAGCAAAAGGCCGUGCUGCUGGUGGCCCACCCGCCCUGCCCAAGCCCAGCUGCCAGUAUGCCCGCCCUGGAGGACAGCGAGGAUGCCCCCGUGCGGUGCAGGCCGGAGCCCCUCGGCCCCCCGGAGGAGCUGCAGACACCGGAUGGCGCUGUGCGGGUGCUGUUCCUAUCCAAAGGCAGCAGCCGGGCACAUAUCCCCGCACCGCUGGAGCAGGGCGUGGUGGCCGCCUUCAAACAGCUGUACAAGCGCGAGCUGCUGCGACUGGCUGUGUCCUGCGCCAGCGGCUCCCCGCUGGACUUCAUGCGCAGCUUCAUGCUCAAGGACAUGCUCUACCUGGCUGGCCUCUCCUGGGACCUGGUGCAGGCGGGCAGCAUUGAGCGCUGCUGGCUGCUGGGCCUGCGGGCCGCCUUCGAGCCCCGGCCCGGCGAGGACAGUGCUGGGCAGCCGGCCCAGGCCGAGGAAGCCGCCGAGCACAGCAGGGUGCUCAGCGACCUCACUCACCUGGCGGCUCUGGCCUACAAGUGCCUGGCUCCCGAGGAGGUUGCGGAGUGGCUGCACCUGGACGAUGAUGGGGGUCCGCCCGAGGGCUGCAGGGAGGAGGUGGGCCCAGCCCUGCCCCCUGCAGCGCCUCCGGCCCCAGCCAGCCUGCCCUCUGCCAUUGGGGGCGGAGAGGAGGAGGAGGAGGCCACCGAGUAUGGAGGGGCCUCAGUGCCGACUGCCGGGGAGGCUGUGCGGGGGCUAGAGACAGCUCUGCGGUGGCUGGAGAGCCAGGACCCCAGAGAGGUGGGGCCACUGAGGCUGGUGCAGUUGCGCUCACUCAUCAGCAUGGCCCGGAGGCUGGGGGGCAUCGGGCAUACCCCAGCAGGCCCCUAUGAUGGUGUGUGACCAGGCCAGCCCAGUGACCUUUCUCCUGCUGCACUUGGAGGGAGGGGACACACACACAGUCUCCCAUCUCUCCUCCCCUCCCCCUGGGGUGGCCCACCCCAUGGGUACAGGGGGUUCCAGGAAUCCAAAUCCAGCAUGGCUUGGAGGAGCUCUGUUGGUGAGAGGUCGCCCUGCCUCACUGGCACCCUGGGGGCACAGCCGGAAGAGAGGCCUGGCCCAUGCUCCUCUCAGGGCAGGCACAUAUGCGGGGCAUACAAGGCACAGCGCCUGUUGGAACAGGUGGCUGUGUUCCUGCUCUGGCCCCCGUGGGGCUGGGCCUCCGCCCCUGCACCAGUCACAUGCACUGGACGAGGGCCGACACUCCUGUCUGCUAUCGAGCCCUGGUGCUAUGUGGCCCCGGAGCCACAGCACAAUCAUCUCAGUGGCGAAGCACACCGCUUGGUUCUAUUUUUUUUUUAACACAUUAAAUCUGUUUUUAAAGAUA